AUGAGCACAUCAAAUCCCUCUCCUGAGUGUGCUUCAGAGAUCAUAAAUCCCCUUCCAUCCUCCCCAAACCUCAUUGCUGAGACUGACACUGCAAUCCUCAAAAUCACAAAUCUCCUCCUGUCCUCCCCAAACCUCAUCACCAAGGCUGGCACUGCAAUCCUUGGCACUGGCAUUCCUGCUAUGGCCACCUCUCAAGAAGUUGGUGUUGUGGUGGCUGUGGCAGGGACAUUCAUCCUCCUUGCUUACAUUGCCAAGGUCAAUGGCCACAUUGAAUGUGUCAAGACUGCUUUGGAAAACUCAUGUGCUGAACAUACCCAGGCUGUAAAAGACUGCAUCAACAAGACCACUUUGGAAAACUUGCAUGCUGAACAUACCCAGGCUGUAAAAGACCACAUCAACAAGACCACUUUAGAAAACUUGUGUGCCAAACAUACCCAGGCUGUAAAAGUCUGCAUCCACUCUGUUAAACAGAUAAAGGACAUCAUAUUGCUAACAAAGGGGUUCUUUCCUGUUUCAAAGGAAACUGCCUGGUUGGUGUGCUAUGAGCAACAGCUGAAGGAGUGUGAGCAGGUUGAGCUUGCAAAAACUAUCAUUGCAGGGGUUACAUCCAAUCUCAGGGACAAGAAGAUGCAGGAGAUAUUGGCUGAUGCUGUGACAGAGCUUGAGCAUAAGUCAAUUGUGUUAUGA